CUUGCUGUGCAGAAGGAAGUCAAAUAGUUUUUCCCAUCAGAGAUUCGGACAGGUGAGCACUGCAGAACAUCCAGAAACAUGAGUGACCAUGGAGAAGCGGGAGUGACUCCGAUCUUCAACCAGUCCUCGGUGUCCAACCGGACGAACGCCACCGCUUCGACUCACUGCGAUCAGGUCAUCACCUCGGCUAACGUUUUCUUCCUACUGGUCUACACUCUGGUGUUUCUGAUUGGUUUGCUCCUGAAUGGCUUCACGCUGAAGGUUUACUUCUGCCAAGCUCAGCAGCAGGUGACGAGCAGCGUGACCAUCUACCUAAAGAACCUGGCAGCCGCCGACUUCUUGAUCAGCCUCUGUCUGCCCAUCCGAAUCACCAACUACGCCAGCAGCUCCGUCGACGUCCGCCGGGUCUACUGCAACUUUGGUGCGUCCGCCUUCUACCUGAACAUGUACGCCAGCAUCCUGUUCAUGGGUUACAUCGCGGCCAACAGGUAUCUGAAGAUCAUCCAUCCGUUAGGAACUCACAUCCUGCAGACGGUGCGAGCCGCCUACAUCAUCUCCACGGUCACCUGGCUCCUCCUCUUGGCCAUGAUGAGCACGUAUAUCACUGUGUCGCUCCUCACCCAGGAACCUUCACCCUCCGUCUCCAGCGCCGUGGACUGUGCCGUCCUGCACAGCAAACAGCUCGCCAUCUUCUACAAAAUGGUGCACGCCAGCUCAGCCGCCAUCUUCCUGCUCGUCCUCGUCUCCCUCAUCUUCUUCUACUACAGCACGUCCCGCCGGCUGUCGCUGGCACAGAAGCGGCGGCCGGAGUCCCCCGGCUCCAAGAAGCUCGCCAAGUCCCGCCGGAACAUGUUGGUGCUUGUCAGCGUCUUCUGCGUCUGCUUCGUGCCGUACCACCUGGUCCGCCUUCCCUACGCAUUCAUGACGCAGCGGUUCGCGUCGGACCAUGCGUUCUACUACCUGAAGGAGCUGACCAUCAUGGUGUCGGUCCUCAACGUGUGCCUGGACCCGCUCAUCUAUUUCAUCUUCUGCAAGGCCUUCCGCACACAUCUGAGCCUGCGGAGGCGGUCCAGCAGCACACAGGCGGCGACGCACGGAGCAAACGGCGAGAGGAGGUGCAGCGACGAGCGCACCAGCACCAUCAGAUUCAACCGGAAGACGUCGCUGACCACCACCACGACAAAGCAGAUCGGUGUGCUGUAGAUCAAAGACACCGACGUCUGAACAAUUAGUCCGUCACAUACUGACGCUUGGUCAGUGGCUCUCAGCGUCAGAUUGUAGACUGUAGAUAGACUAAAUAUGACACCAAAAAGCCAACAAAUCACGCUGCAUGUUGGCAUGUUUAUAUCACUUAUAAUUUGGGCACGAAUACCUGCUAUAAGCAAGCAUUGGAGGCGUGAACGAUUCAACAUCACAAUGAUCAAGACUAAAUAUGGCUGUGUUCUGCCACCGGAGGAGGUCUUGAGAUGUUCUGACCCAAUUCUUAAAACAGAUCUGAUUCAAAAGGGACCCGAGAUUAGUCCAAUCUGAUUCGAUGAGACCCGAAUAUAUUUAGGCUCGAUCCGAAAUGUGGUUGACCCGAGGUAUUAGACACACUGACAAACAGAUGCAAGACCUGCAGCAUCUGUCCAAUCUGAGUUUUCUGUUGCACGAUUAAAACUACUUUUGAACGUACACGUUCAACCAAAACAAGUUCCUUACGGAGGCUAUUUUGCAGCAGCACCGUGGCUCCGUCCGGCACUGGUUUCAAAAGAAAUUCCAAAGAAAUGGCAAUAAACCAAAGCACGUUUUUCUCACAUCCAGGAACGCUGUGUGGACUAGCCAGACCCUUCUGCGCAGCGCUGUGGAGGAGGGUCUAACAAUGCGAGACAUCAUAGACCCCGAGAGUACAAAUAUGAAGCUAAAACAGGAGCAUAAUAGGUGCUCAUUAAAGAACUUAAUUACACAGAGAGAUUACUGAUGUCAGUAAGCUAAAGUUGUAUUUCAAGACAAGAAAUAAGUGAACUUUGCCUUUAUAAACAUUAUAACGUGUUUAAGAUAUGUGACGUAACCUUGGCUUUUGACCUCGGAAGCAACAGCUUGCCCAAAAAAGCUUUGUGAACGUUAAAUGUAGUUGUUGAACUUUGUUGAAUUAGUGCUGUAUAAAUGGCUGACUGUACUCAGUAUGCAAGAACUUAACUUCUUACUAAGAAAAGUUUUUUAUGUACAGUAUAUAUAUAUAUAUACAGAAUAUUUGUUUUUUAGGAUGUUAAACAAAGGAAAGGUUUUCACGAAGAUAUAUUAUUAGUACAUGUAACUGUCCUGGAUGAGUUUUUUUUAUGUAUGUGCGCAAUAUACAAUAUCAUUACAGUCAUAUUUUCAUUUAAAAAAGCAUUACAUGUAUAGUA